AUGAACCCAUCAGUCGCCAGGCCACUGACACCAGCAGGCGGUGCCAAAGGGCCAAAGACAACAAAGUCGUGUAUACCAUGCCGCGCACGCAAAGUGAAAUGUGAUGCCGCAGUGGUCGGUCUCCCUUGCAGUAGCUGUACCAGUCGACAAAUUGUCCACGAAUGCUUGCUUCCCGUGCGCAAGGAUCGGGCUAGAAAAUCGCCGAGCAAUCCUACUCCUUCUCGCCGCACACAACAAGCGAAAUAUGAGGGGUGUAUCACGCAUUCAGCAACCCCGAAGGGUAGUGAAAGCCCGCACAAGACCGAACCUGAUUUACUUUACCUUGGUAUUCUGAACAAUAUGGUAAAGGAUUCAUCUGUACUUACCCGAACGACCGCCAGCACGCCCUACGGCGACAGCUCAGAAGAAAGUAAUCAUUUACAAAGCAGCGUAUUAAGAAGAAUCCACGAGUUAGACGAUGUUGACCACGAAUAUCUAACCAACAAGGGUGUCCAUGACCUGCCGCCACAUCAGUACCUCCAUGCCUUGAUCAAAACUUACUUUGAUCAUGUUUAUCCAUUUGCUCCUGUUAUCAACAGAGUAGACUUUAUUCGAGCGUACCAAUCUGGUAAUUGCUCGCUAUUCCUGCUCUACGCCAUAUUGGCACCGGCGAGCGUACACACCUCCGACAAUAUCUUGUCUGCCUGCGCCUUUGAGAGCCGUUCUGCUGCGCAGCAGAGCUUUUUCAGCAAGGCGCGGCUACUCUAUGAUUUGGAGACUGACAAGAACCCAUUAAUUGUUCUUCAAGGAGCCAUAAUACUCUGUAUGGUUAUUCUUGACAAACCCAGUGAUCGAGACUUUGGGUACUGGUUUCACACGGCGAUUCGCCUCGCAACAAAGAUCAAUCUACGCACCUUGUGCGCUCGGCAAGAUAUACCGCAAAAGCUGCUGAGGCUCUAUCGGCGGAUUUGGUGGGCACUCUAUUCUCUUGAUAUUUUCCACGUCUUUAUCAAUACUAGACGAUCAAGGCUGCUCGAAAACGCAUUCGUGAUCCCUCCAAGAACAGAGGACGAUUGGGAAGAGGAAGACGGCAUUGAGGCGUCAUCUGGUCUACUCUCCCCAGUGACAGCUCAGCAAAGAGCCUCUCCUAUUCUGCACUGCGAACUAUCACGUAUCUUCGAAAAGUGUCUGUCACUGAUCAAAACCAAAUCGCCGCAGGACCCCCGUCCAUCGCUGAACCCUCUCGAUGCCUGGAGGAAGUCUCUCGCUGCUAAGAUGCACAUCAAUAACACUGCAGAGACCGAUGUUUACUAUUUAAACAUGCAGGCUAUGAGCUACAGAUUGGAAUGCAUCCUGUUUAGAGUCAUUCGCCACCGCUGGCCAAACACUGAGUGGAGUGACUGGCCGACGCAAAGGCUGAGGGCUGCAAUUCUAGAACUGGAUACAAUUGCAAUGCGGGUUCUAGCAAAAGGAACAAUCCGAGACUUUCCAAUUUCAUUCAUAACCACAAUGAUGGUGCUCCUUGCCAUGCACAUCGAAUCCGCCUUCAAUCCAGCCGAGACUGAACUCGUUCAAUCCAUGUCUCGAAUUUCCAUCAGUCAGACAAUGCUUCUUCUUAAUCAAGGAAGAGAUAUACCAGUACUGAAACGAGCUUUACCGGUCUUUGGGGAUAUUCUUGCCAAGAAAGGUGACCUGGCGAUAGAUAUAACGAGUCAAUCGACUCUACCACCACGGCCGGAAACCAGCAACACGCCAGACAUGUAUUUUACAACGGCAAUCGAUGUCCUUCAUUCUGGGCAGCCUUCGAAUAACCCAACGCUGUAUGAGGAUUUACUGGGUCUUGAUUUCAUGGAUGACUGGAAAUUGGGGGACUGGAUACAGCCAGUUGAAUACGACAUGACCUCUCCGGAAUGA